UGCUUUGGAAUUCUUCCCGCUCCUCUUAACGUUUCAAUACGGUCACACCAAAAGCGCAUUCCAGGGACCUCAGAGCCAAAGGACCCUUUCCAUAACCUGUUUUUCUUCUCUUCGUCAUCAGCCUCUUGCUGCCUCGUCUUCUCUUCAUUUUUUCAAUCUUCUCAGAAUACGCAGCACCUCAUUCGGCUCAGCUCUCCAUCGCUUCACACCAAGAUGAACCUCAGGACAGUGUCGUUCGUCAUCGCAACCGCUGCCCUGGCAGCAGUUGCCUACGCCCGACCCGAGCUCAUUAUAUCCGACGACCAACGUGGCCUCAUUUACAUUGGGUCCUUUGGCUUUCUCGCCGGCGGCACCCUAGAUAUGGACCUCCAGAACCUGAAGGUCGUGCCAUAUGACGGCGACACAGGGGAAGAAAAGCGAAUUGGUUUUCUAAUCCAAAAGGGCAGCUCAGAUGCCGAUAUGGUUGACUGGGAAGAGGGCUGUAUUCUGGACGACCCUACAUUCAAGGAUGACAUUGAUCAGGGAAGGAGCGAGUUCAGACAGCUGGAUACGACACAGACAGCGUUCCAAUACCAUCGCGAAGUUCAGCCUGGAGAAGAAGAAAUGUGGAACAUGUUGUUCGUGAACUGCCCUAGUAGUAUCGUCUCGUUCAGAUUGAAGAUAACAGAGAUCAAUCCUGGAAACAACUAUCUGAGCGCAGGAGAUAUUCCAUUACCAAGGGUAUAUGCUGGUUCUGCUGUCGCUUACUUUGCAGCAAGCGCGCUCUGGUUCUAUAUGUUGAUGAAGAAGGACACCAAGGUCUUUUGGCCACACAAGUUGAUCCUCGUUCUUGCCAUGAUGAUUGGAAUCCAAAAGACGUUUCAGGCUUUGAAAGUGCACUACAUGAGGACAGGUGUUGAUGCUGAGGGCUGGACGGUCAUGUUCUACAUUUUCGCCUUCCUCAAAGGAUCGCUUAGUAUUCUUAUCAUUACGUUGAUUGCAUCCGGUUGGAUGUUCAUCAAGCCGUUCCUAUCGCCAAAGGACAAGAAGAUUAUUCUUUUCAUUAUCCCACUGCAGAUCCUUUCCAAUAUUGCAUCGACAAUCAGCAGCGAAACUGCCAUCGGAUCUAUUAAUUGGUCGUUCUGGACACAAGUGUUCCCCAUGGUCGAUCUCAUCAGUUGCGUGGUUAUUCUCGGCGUCAUUAUCCAGACACAGAGGCAUCUAGGUGAGGCUGCAGAGACUGAGGGAAAGGUUGCCGAGAACAAGAGCAAGUACAAGCUCUGGGGAUCGUUCUAUCUCAUCACAGUCGUCUACAUCUACCUGACGAGGAUCUUGGUCGAGUUCUUGAAGGUCGCUCUGCCGUACCAAUAUGUCCAAUGGUUGGUCGAGUUGCUCAAUGAGGCCAUCACACUUGGCUUCUACGCAACGAUCGGAUGGAAAUUCCGACCAUACGCGAAUAACCCAUACACACUGAUCGACGAGGACGAGGAUGAUCAUGAUAUCGAGUCCGGCGUCAACGGAGGCGAGACUCAUGGUCUCCAGACCAUGUCCAGACGUGAAGGUAGAACCAAUGAGCACGACGAGUAGACAAAAAAAACUAUACGAAGUGUACCAUUUUAAUGCAUGGCCAAUAAAUGCUCUAGAAAAGUACAUGGUAUGCCAGUUGCUUUAUUUUUAUUUUUGAAUGACCUGGAGGCUAUGGUACAUGGUUAAACGGGCUGAAUCUUGGAUUUCUACUGGGGCAAGACCUUCUUGAUUUCUG